AUGGUUCUCGCAUCGUUGGCGCUGCUGCUUGCCCCGGCGGCGGCCUUGGCCGCUUCCAUCCCGUUGCAGAGGACAGCCGCCCUGCCGGCCUCCUUCGCAAUUGAAAACCUGGUCACGUUCGGGGACAGCUACACCGACGAGGCCCGCCUCACGUACAUGAAGGCAAACCACAAGCUGCCCCCCACCGACUCGAUGCUGCCCGCGAGCGACCACACGUGGAGCGGCGGGUAUGCCUGGGGCCGCCUCGUCGCCAACCGCACGGGGGCGAGAUACUACGACUACGCCGUCGCGGGGGCCAUGUGCGCCGACGCGCUCGUCCCGCGGCGGCUCAACGAGAUCGACGCGCCGUUCCCCAGCGUCCGGGACUACGAGCUCUCCGCCUUCGACCAGGGCCUGCAGUACGACAAGCUGUACCCGGACCGGCGCGACGACAACACCGUCUACGCGCUGUGGAUCGGGACCAACGACCUCGGCAUCGACGGCUUCCUGGGCGACCGGGAGAACGCGGGGCAGACGCUCGACUCCUUCGUCGACUGCGUGUGGGACGUCUUCGACCGCAUCUACGAGACGGGCGGCCGCCGCUUCGUCCUCAUGACGGAGCUGCCCCUCGAGACGGCGCCCAUGUACGCCAGGCCCGCGGGCUACGGCCACGGCAACGACCGCUACUGGGCCGACCCGUCGGCCUACGACGUCAAGGCGUACCUCGACAGGCUGGCCGGCUCCAUCAAGCACGUCAACGAGGCGUUCAGGUCCGGCGCCGACAAGUACCAGCACAACAACGACGGCGGCCGCUGGCAGGACGCGACGCUGUCCAUCUUCAACGUGCACCAGCUGUGGCUCGACGUCCGCGCGGAUCCAGACAAGUACCUGGACGCGCCGGCGGACAUUGACGGCGCGUAUCGCAACUGCGUAAACGACUGCGUAUACUCGCAGAACCCACGGACCAGCUUUAUGUGGUAUGACGAGCUGCACCCGUCGCAAAGAAUGGAGGAGAUUUUCGCAUCCAAUUUUAUUGACGUCGUGCAAGGCAAGUCCAAGUACGGGACGGACUAUUGCACAUAA